UAGUGAAUUAAAUUAAUUUGAAUUUUUGUGGCAAUAUAAAUUAAAGAAGAAAAAUUGAAGAUAUAAAAGUGAUAAUUGUGAUAAGCAGACAGUUCUAAACAAAUAUCAAAAUGAUAGAAAAAGUGGCAUACAUUGAUCAUAGCUUAAUAAUGCGAUAUUAUGAGAAAAUAUUCUUCUCAAUUUCACCAGUUACUUUGGCUGUAAUUAUUAUGAUAGUGUCGUGGAUUAUUAAUUAUAAUCGUAAACGUGCUCGAAUGGUUCGAUUGAUUAAUAAAAUUCCUGGACCUCCAGCACUUCCUUUAAUUGGAAACGCAAUUGAGAUAAAUGUUGAGCAUGACGAAGUAUUUAGUCGACUUACUGGGCUCAGGCAACUUUUUGGACGAAAACAAGGAUUGAAUAAAGGCUGGCUAUUUGGAACACCAUACGUAAUGAUAUCAAAACCGGAAUGUGUUGAGCCAAUUUUGAGCAGUCCAAAGCACAUCGACAAAAGUGAUGAUUACACUUAUCUACAACCUUGGUUGGGUACAGGACUUUUAACGAGCUUCGGACAAAAAUGGCAUUCCAGACGAAAGAUUUUGACACCAGCUUUCCACUUUAAGAUUUUAGAGGAUUUUAUGGAUAUUUUCAAUGAACAAAGUUCAGUGUUAGUCAAGAAAUUGGAAAAGGAGAUUGAUCGGGACUCAUUUAAUGUUUUUCCAUAUGUGACGCUGUGCACGUUGGAUAUUGUUUGUGAAACGGCAAUGGGACAGCAUGUAAAUGCGCAAGGAGACAAAGACUCGGAAUAUGUAAAAGCAGUUUAUGAAAUUGGCUCAAUCAUCCUAAACCGUCAAACAAAAUUCUGGCUUCAUUCAGACACAAUUUUCCGUCUAACAUCUGAUUAUCACAGACAUCAAGAGUGUAUUAAAAUAUUGCAUGGAUUCAGCUACAAGGUAAUUAGGGAAAAGCGAGACAUGAUCAGAUCUGAACGAAUGAACAACAACAACAACUUUGUCAGCAAAAAUAACAACAACAACAACACAAAAAUCGAUCAAAAUGGCAAUCAUGUUGACAAGCUAUACAUUGAGGACGAUAACUUUGGCAAGAAGAAGCGUCUUGCAUUCUUAGAUUUAUUGAUAACAGCCUCAGAUGCUCAAAAAGGUGCACAUUUGACAGACGAAGAUAUACGUGAGGAAGUUGAUACUUUUAUGUUUGAAGGUCACGACACAACAUCGGCUGCUGUCUCGUGGAGCUUACUUUUAUUAGGAGGCAAUCCAAAAAUUCAAGAAAGAGUUUUCCACGAAAUUGACACGAUAAUGUGCGGCGAUAGAGAUCGUGCACCGACUAUGAGUGAACUACAUGAUAUGAAAUAUUUGGAAUGUUGUAUUAAAGAAGCAUUAAGACUAUAUCCAAGUGUUCCAAUGAUUGGCAGACAUUUGAAAGAAGAUAUUAAAAUAGAUAACUACAUCGUUCCUGCUGGCACAACAGCUUUAAUAGUCACAUACAUGCUCCAUCGACGUCCAGAAAUUUACAAAAAUCCAGAUCGCUUUGAUCCAGACCGUUUCCUGCCAGAAAAUUGCGUCGGUAGACAUCCCUUUGCCUACAUUCCAUUUUCAGCAGGUCCACGUAAUUGUAUUGGUCAAAAGUUUGCAAUUCUUGAGGAGAAAGCAAUUAUUUCAGCAGUUUUAAGGAAGUAUAGAAUAGAGGCAGUCGACAGACGAGAAGAUUUGACAUUAAUGGGUGAACUCAUUCUGCGUCCAAAAGAUGGACUUAGGGUUAAAAUUACGAAGAGAGAAUAGAUUAAUUUUUUCACAUGCAUUUAUUAUUCUCAUUAUUUUUUUGACUGAUGGAUGUUUGAAUUAAGAAGCAUUGAAAUGUUAUGUCAGUCCAUCAGUUGUCAUUAGAAUGUUUUGUUGAGGAAGUUCUGAACUUGAAGACUCAACGGAGUAAGAAGUGAGAUUAUAAAGUGGAAGAUGAAGUCCACAAUGAUGCAUUCCAGUACAUUAGCUCUAUAACAGUGUGUUUUUACUAUUGGGGUUGUUCACUU